AUUUCCCCGCCCCUCACGUGGCUCCUCCCUCUCACCACGCCGGCCUGGCUGUACACGUGAGCGCACCCGUGCCCGCCUUCCUAGCCACGUGACUCCCGGCUCCGCGCUUGCUCCACUACAGCCUUCCUAUCCCUCACUGCCAGAAUCCGGCGUUAUGGCUGCCGCCGUUCCCCGCGCCGCUUCUCUCUCCCAAUUGUUCCCCCUUCUCCUGUUCCUCCUGCUCCUCUCUGCUCCGCAAGGAGGCAGCGGCCUGCACACCAAGGGCGCCCUUCCCCUGGAUACAAUCACUUUCUACAAGGUCAUUCCCAAAAGCAAGUUCGUCUUGGUGAAGUUUGACACCCAGUACCCGUACGGUGAGAAGCAGGAUGAGUUCAAGCGUCUGGCUGAAAACUCGGCUUCCAGCGAUGAUCUCUUGGUGGCAGAGGUGGGGAUCUCAGAUUAUGGUGACAAGCUGAAUAUGGAGCUGAGUGAGAAAUACAAGCUGGACAAGGAGAACUACCCAGUCUUCUACCUCUUCCGGGAUGGGGACUUUGAGAACCCAGUCCUAUAUAGUGGGGCAGUUAAGGUUGGAGCCAUCCAGCGCUGGCUAAAGGGACAUGGGGUUUACCUAGGUAUGCCUGGUUGCCUGCCUGCAUAUGACACCCUUGCUGGAGAGUUCAUCAGGGCCUCUGGUAUGGAGGCCCGCCAGGCCCUCUUGAAGCAGGGGCAGGACAACCUUGCAAGUGUGAAGGAGGCUGAGAAGAAGUGGGCUGAGCAAUACCUUAAGAUCAUGGGAAAGAUCUUAGACCAAGGUGAGGACUUCCCAGCCUCAGAGAUGACCCGGAUCACCAAGCUGAUUGAGAAGAACAAGAUGAGCGAUGGGAAGAAGGAAGAGCUCCAGAAGAGCCUAAACAUUUUGACUGCCUUCCAGAAGAAGGGGGCCGAGAAGCAGGAGCUAUGAAGAGGCACUCCAGGGUUUUCAAGGGUUUGGUGGGGUGGGGAGGGGUAAGCUACCUGCUGGCUGUGAGACCCUUCUGGGAUAUAAGGGAGUGGUAGGAAAAGUGGCACUAAACCAGAAAUCUGAGUAUGCCCAGAUAUUGAUGCUGGUGUGACUAUGCUUGGAACAUCGCUGUAACCAGUCUGGUAUAGCUGGUACAUUUACUCAGAUGGCUUGUGAAAUUCCCCCUCAGAAGGAACUGGUGCUAUAAAGAAGAGUGUACUGCCCAGGUUUUUGAUAGAUAGAAUUCUGAUUCAAUUAAAGUUUCUGUGUUUUGGUUAAAAGGA